AUGUGUGGAUAUCGGAAAUUGGGAAAAUUCUGGGAAGCUUGCAGCAAUAUAAUGGAAAUCUCUAUAUUAAUUCAGAAAAAUGAUUUUGAAGAUGACCUGCCAACAAUGACGCCACUUCGUACUCUGGUUCUUUCUCGAGUAUUUGAUAUAGAAGGUCAACCAGAUCCUGAGCCGCAGCCUGCUUCAUCAAAAAGACCGAGGACAGAUUAA